GUUGGUGGCCGACCUUAAUGGAUCAUUGGUUAAAUGACGACAAAAAGUAGUUGGAUAUUUCACUCCAAUUUUUUAUACCAAGUAAGUGGACAAAGCGCUUAAAUCUUUGUCAGCAAAACAUUCUUUUUUAUCUUACUGAAAUACAAAACAAUAAAUAUUUACGACUACGUAUGUAACGUAACUAAUCCGAUAAAGAUAACGAAUCGAGUUUCGUCCUUGUCAGAAUUCUGUAAGUACAUAUGUAUAUAGUUGCAGUGAGCACGUCACCUACACACAUAUUCCAAAGUUAAUAAACAAAUCUGGUAGGUGGACACAUGCAUAUAUAUUUUAUUAAAUAUGCGUAUUUAUACAUAUUUAUUUUAAAAUCAAAUACUCUGUCAAAUUACACUUGUCAAGAUUUCGAUAACGUCCAAACUGUCGAGAUGGACAGAGUCAUAGAAAUACAGCCAGGUGUACAUGUCACCACAAAUGCGGACGGAAACCUCAAAGAGCUUGAAAAAAUUGACUCUUUUUACAUCAAGAAAAAGUCAGGAUCAUCCAGUCGACUGGCCGUCGACGCUGGGAAACAAGAGAUAUUUUCGUACGGCCAAAAAGUUAUUGUUUCCGGUGUGCCAGCCGGGACCGAUGGGCAUCAUCAUCUGGCCACAAUGGGGUUUUAUGACAAGGGUGGCGUAGAAUUCAUAGCGGUUGAUUUGAAAGGCAACAUCCGCUCGGGAGACAAACUUUUGGGAAAAAUCGAAUGGGCGGAUAACAGUUGUCCCUGGGCAAACAUGAGAAUCACUGUCUCAAAUUGCCUCGACGCCAGAAAUAUUAUCAUCCAACCACAGGGGGACAUUGCCUGCGGGGGCUGCUGCUUCAGGUCCGGCCUAUGCAGCAGCAUGGUAAAGUACGACAUUUUGGUGGGUCGUCAAACCGUGGGGACGAUGGAGGAACGGGGGGACGAUCGAGGUCCAAAGGUCGAAUUUCCUGUGACCCUAAGCCCUGCGACUAAAGGCGUCAUUGCCGUUUUGUCCUUUAUGAUUUACGAUUCCUACUGGUAGGAGGCUGUGCGCGAGUGGAAUUUAAAAAAAACAUAAAAUAUUUAACAUGAUUAAAUAUGAUUUUUAAAUGUCGGAUUUACAUACUUAUUUGUUAAAUAAAUUUUCACGCCUCUGUUACAUACGUUGCAAUAUGUAUGCUUAUUUACAUAUAUACUUUCCCUUCCAAGA